UAGGAUAUUAUUACUGGCACACCUAUAUUUGGAGUUGGAAAUGAAAGUAUCAUUUCAGGAACCAUAACAUGAGGUGAGGUCAGGGAGCGGGUUUUCUUCUUCCACCCUUUUAAUUUCUCUCCUCAAGCUGUCAGUACUUGUUUUUCAUGAAUUUGAAAACCAGAAGCUAGAGUUCUCCUAUUCAGUAUCUCAUGUGCUUUGAAGAAUGCCUGUUAGACUUAUCGGGGUUGAUGAAGAAGACAGAGAUCAGACAGAUGAGAACAUGACGUCUAUCUAGUGUUUUAAUACUUUAUUUGUGAUGGAUGAGACUGAAGUGGAGAAUCCUGUAUUCAUGGAAAUUAAAUCUGAGGAUAACAAAAUUGAAUUCCAUAGAAAUGAAAAUCAAGGUUUUGCAUCUGAUAAAGGAGAAGGUAGCAGCGUAGUUUUCUCAAGAGAAGCGCCACUUAUGAGGAAAGAAUCAAGAAUGUCCACUUCUUAUUGUUGCAAUGCCAAGAAGCUCAAAUCCAGGGCUGUUUCAAUAGACUGUGAGCUGGGAAGUAAUGAGAAAAUUGGGUUGGAGAAGAAACUAUGUAGACAAGACAGGAUUGAGUUGGGUCGGUUGUUUCAGGGUGCAGUGAGUUCCCAUGAUUGGGAGCUUGCAGAAAGUUUGAUUUUGGUUGCUGAUCCCCAGACGCUCAAUGAUGCCUUGUGUAUCACGCUGGAUUCCAUCUGGUUCUUGAGCUCAGAGCUAGAGCUUAAUGGGAUAAUGGGAUUUAUCAAGAAGAUCAUUGCUAAUGGUGCUUAUGACUUCACAAGAGCUGCUCUAAGGACUUCAUUCCUUGCUUCAUGUGUCUCUGCUUGCCAGAGUAGAACAAUGAGUCUGGCUGAUACAGUUGCUGUAAUGGCCCAAAGGUUGCAUGAGCGUCUCCAGGAAUGUAAUGGAGAUGAAGUAUUGAAGGCAGAAGCUGGCGCUAAGGUUCAAAAGUUUACUGAAUGGGCUUUGAAGUGUAUAGGCAUCCAUUCACGACUGCAGGAUGAUAGGGAAAAUGUGAUACACAGUUCAGCUGUUGAAAUCCAGCUUCGGUUAUCUGCCUUUAAGACAUUCCUUGAUCUUGCUGGCAACCGCCUUACAGGGAAGGACUUCAGUGAGGCCUUUGAUGCGGCUUGUUUUCCUCUUACUCUUUUCUCAAGCUCAUUUGAUCCAGGCUGGGCAUUUGGCUUGUCAGCUACAGUGAUCCAAGGGCUGCUGGGCAUGCUAGUGGAGGGUGGUGCAGACAAUGUCAAUCAGUGUUUCCUGGAGGCUUCACGUUUUGGUAGUACAGAACUUGUGCGCAUACUAUUGCAGAUUGCACAAAGAAACAGCUUGGAUGUUGAUGUUGACUUGGCACUGGGUUUUGCCUCCCAUUAUGGCAAGAUAGGAACUAUGGAGUGCUUGGUGGAAGAGGGAAAUGCUAUAGCCUUUUUAGGCCCUUUGAUGAGAGCUGCUGAGAGGGGUUGCAUGCAAGUUGUUGAGUGGUUUGUGCAGAGGGGUUGCCGAGACAUGGAGCUCUGUCUUGCCCUUACAGCAGCCACUUCUAGCUGCCAAGUUCACAUUGCAGCUUAUCUUCUGCCGCACGUACCUCAGCAGGUCCUUGCAGCACUUAGUGUUGAAAUUCUAAAGGCUGCUGGUGAGCGGAGUGGUGGAUCUCUCGAUGGUGUAGCAUUUCUCCUUCAAUCUGACUUCUUAGGUGAUCCUGCAGCUACUUAUGCCGUUGCAGAUAUUAUUGCUAAAUCAGAGGAUGAGGCUGUUGCACCUGAGCUGAAGACUUUUCUUAAGGAGCAUUGGUCAGAAGGAGCUUAUAAGGAGGGAUUAAGGUUAGGGCAAGAACAUCACAUGAACCUUGCGAGAAUCAUUAAAUGGGGCGAGUCUCCUAUUUGCUUGAGAGAUCUUCCUGCCCCCUUGACGGUGGCAAUUGCUUACCUCCCACUUUAUAGAGAGUGUGUCAAGGCAGGUGGCUGUUUGUAUUCACAACGGCUUAGGGGACAACUGGUUGAAGCCGCUAGAAGGCUGGGGAAUAGAGUUUUGGAUGAAGUGACCCAUGGUAGAGAGCUAGUGGUCGUUUUGGAACAGCAUCUUCCUCACUUUUUGCUCCAUCCCACCAGCAUUGCUUAGCUAUAUUCGGUUGUCAAUACUCUGAAUUUUUUAUUUCCUUUUGACACCCAUCUUUAUUACGUAAUGAAUGGCACCAUUGAUAAUUUUUAUCUGGGAAAUAGCUUUAAAUGUAGUAUCAUCCCUCUUUAUA